GGUGCAAAGGUCCAUGCAUAUUAACCUUCCCAUUGUUUUGUCAGCUGCCGGUACUAAUCAUGUCAAUAUCCCUGAGACAGUAGCAAUCUACCUCAAGACAUGACAAGGCUGCCAAGGCACGUCAACAAGUUAUAAGAUGCUGAGGUUCGUUCAUCGGACAUCCCCCUUCUGGCUAUGACGAUAGAAAAUGGAUCCUCAUAAUUUGGACCGUUUGUUUAUAAUCUCAAUAUGGUUUGAAAGUAUGGUUUACGGUAUCUGCGUGCUUUUUGGUGCAUGUAUAUAUAUCUUGGCGAAUCGAAACAGGAAGUCACAUAGGGUCCUUGUUACGUCGUGCAUUUUCCACAUCUUAGUUUCAACAGCACACAGCAUCAUCUCUCUUCUUCUGUCCUUGCAAGGACUCACGACCCCUUCCAUAAUAGCCGUCCCUAAUGGAAGCAGCAUAUACUUCGUCUCACCAACAACAUUUAUGCUGACGAAUUUGGGAUUAUAUGUCUCCAAUGUGCUCGCUCAAGAUUUGCUGCUAGUAAGUAAUAUUAGGCCCGCAUGUAUAUUGAAGUAACACGCACAAUAACAGAUCUGGAGGCUUUACGUUGUUUGGAACCACAACUGGAAGCUUGUCAUUCCUUCGUUGAUUUUGGAAGUUGCACACA